AUGUGUAAACAUCAUAGCAACAGCUCCCAAAGAGAGUUCAUCCUACUGGGCCUUUCUGACAACCCAUACCUGGAGAUGCUGUUUUUUAUGGUCUUCCUAAUCUCCUAUGUCCUGACAUUGUUAUGGAGCCUGGCCGUCAUUGUGGUCUCACAGCUGGAUCCCAGUCUCCAAACACCCAUGUACUUCUUCAUCAUUAACCUCUCUUUCCUGGAUCUCUGCUCCACCACCGCCACGGUGCCUCAGAUGAUGGUGAAUUUACAAAGAUCCCAGAAGACCAUCUCGUGGACUGGCUGCAUGGCCCAGCUCUUCAUCUCCCUUGGCCUGGGUUCCACUGAGUGUGUCCUGCUGGCAGCCAUGGCCUAUGACCGCUAUGCUGCCGUCUGCCACCCCUUGCGCUACACGGCCAUCAUGAGCCGCAGCCUCUGCUGGCUGAUGGCAAUUGCAUCCUGGUUUAGUGGAAUGACUGCCUCCUUUGUGCAAACAUGCUUGACCCUGCGACUACCCUUGUGUGGGCACAAUCAUAUCAAUGACUUCUUCUGUGAAGUGCCAGCCCUGCUCAGCCUGGCCUGUGCCGAUACCUCCAUUAAUGAGGCUGGGCUCCUUGUUGGCUCUGCAGGCAUAUUGCCCGUCCCUCUGGGACUCAUCCUGGUCUCCUAUGGCUACAUUGGUGCUGCAGUACUGAGGAUCCGCUCAGCUGAGGGCAGGUGCAAGGCCUUCAGCACCUGCACCUCCCACUUGGCUGUGGUAUCAAUCUUCUUUGGCACAGCCAUCUACACUUACCUGCAGCCCCCCUCUCAGCAUCCCCAGGACCAGGGCAAGAUAGUUUCCCUCUUCUAUGCCUUCAUCACUCCAAUGGUGAACCCUCUGAUCUACACACUGAGGAACAAGGAUGUGCACAGGGCCCUCAGGAGAGCCCUGGGAAAGCAGUGCUGGAUGCAACAGUCAUAAGUCUGAAAAAUGACAUGGAACUGGCAGACUUGGAGCAUGUGCAAAUGGGAGAGAGAUCCCUGCCCUUUAGUCGGGCUGGGGUCUAAGCUGGCGAAAGGUGGAAGAGACGUAAUAGGGCUACACAGAGGAGGUAUAUUCUCAUUCCCCUUUCAGACCACACUGUGGGAGCAGCAUCCAGGGACUUUAAGUUUCUGAAUCAGGUAAACAUCCUCCUGUUCCUUCCCCUUCAUGCACAGAGGUACUUCCCCUGCCAUCCUCUCCCCUCCCCUCCCUUCCCUUCUCCACCCACUGCUGCCACUGUUGCCUCUACCUCUGGCUGUCCUGCAGUUGGGCUGAACUCCAGAACUGUUCCUGCUCUGCUCCACGUAGGCUGUGGAGGGACCUGAGUUCAGCCCUAAGCAGCAGCAGGUGGUUUCCCUCUCCCUGCCCGCUCCUCUCAAGUGUUCCCCAUCAUCCCAGGAGACGGUUUACAGAAAGGGAAC